AGAGGAAGUAUAAGGGCAGUUAAAUAUGUGUCAACCACAGAACUCACACUAACUGACAGCUAGUUGACUCACUGUACAAGACUUCUCCCCUUCAAUUCACUCUACUGCAGGGUGGGAGAUGCAACAAUGGUCUUGAGAACAGCAGGUGGUCGUCUUUCUCUGCUGGUCUUUCUCUGGUCUGUAGCAGUGGUACUGGGUCAGAAUGGCUGGAGUGUUACCUACACCAAGAAGAGUAUCUGUACCUUGAAGGGGUCAACAGUGGAGAUGUCCUGCUCUAUCAGAUAUCCCAGUUGGCAUAAAGUCACAACAACCUUCUGGUUCAUCAAAAAGUAUGAUGUGGAGAAUUAUGUAAAUCUGAGAAAGGACACAGACUACAAAGGUCGUGUGACGUACCCUAGUGAUAAGACGAAUGGCCACACCCUGAGAAUCACAGACCUGAGAGAGAGUGACUCAGCUGAGUACAAAUUCAGAUUUAUAACAGAUCAGACUGGAGGGAAAUAUUUUGGCUAUCCUGGAGUCACUCUGUCUGUUACAGACCUGCAGGUGAAGGUGACCACUACAUGGUGGUCAAUGACACUGACCUGUAGCACCACCUGUAUUCUGACUGGUAACCCCACCUACAUCUGGUACAGGAACAGUAACAUUGUACAAAAGGACUCCUCCCCCUCAUACACAAUCCACUUUAAAACUGAAGACAGCUUCUACUGUGCUGUAAAAGGCAUCAAAUCUCCUGCAGUGUCUGUUGAGGGUCACAGUUAUUUCCACGUGACUUACACCCAUCAGAGUAUCUGUACCUUGAAGGGGACAUCAGUAGACAUAUCCUGCUCUUAUACAUAUCCCAGUGGUCAUACAGUCUCAGAAACAAUCUGGUAUACAAAAGGAAAACUUAAUGAGGCGCCUCAAAUCCUGAGCCCGGGGUAUGGAGGUCGUGUGGAGUACCUUGGAAAUAUGCAGAGUGACUCCAUCCUGAGAAUCACAGACCUGAGAGAGGAGGAUUCAGCUGAGUAUAAGUUUAGAUUCAGAACAGAUCAGACAACCUGGGAGCCCACCUUCCCUGGAACAACUCUGACUGUCACAGGUCUGCAGGUGAAGGUGACUCCUGCCACUGUGACAGAGGGACAGAAGGUGACACUGACCUGUAGCACCACCUGUACUCUGGGUGACAACCCCACCUACAUCUGGUACAAGAAUGGACAUGUAAUCAACCAAUCUACCAGUCUGUUCCUAAACCCAGUCAGCAGUGAGGAUGCAGGCAGAUACUCCUGUUCUGUAGAAGGACAUGAGGAUCUCCCCUCUGAUGAAGAGACUCUCACUGUCACAUACGGCCCAAAGAACACCUCAGUGUCAGUCAGUCCCUCUGGUGAAAUAGUGGAGGGCAGUUCAGUGACUCUGAUCUGCAGCAGUGAUGCCAACCCACCUGUGGACAAAUACACCUGGUACAAGAAGAACGUAGCCUCACCAAAAGCAUCAGGACAGAGUUACAGCAUCACUAACAUCAUCUCUGAGGACAGAGGAGAAUAUUACUGUGAGGCCCAGAAUAGAAAAGGAUCUAUGAACUCUACAGCUCUGAUGAUCAUUGUAGCAGGGAAACCAACCUCCUUUAUGACUGCAGUUGUAGGAAUCAUAGUGGUUGUUCUGGUUCUCAUCCUCUGUUUCUCUGGCUUCAUGUGGUUCAGGAAGAAGGCCUCCAAAUCCACCUCUGACACAAGAGACACAUCAGAGAAUUUACAGGGAGACUCUAGUCCAGUGUAUGACAACAUCUCAAGCAUGGCCAUGACCUCUACUGCAGCACAGACAGAGUCCACAUACGACCAGGAUGAUGUUCACUAUGCCAGCGUCCACUUCUCUGGCUCCAAAAACCAGGAAGUGCCUCUGUACUCCACCGUCCAGCUGCCUCAGCCCCAGAUUCAGGACGAGGAUGUCCAGUAUGCUGCUGUGAAAUUCAGCCGCCCCAGUGCUGCCACCCGAUUUGAAAAAUGUACUUGUGUUUCAGCUGUUGAGGGUCACAGUUAUUUCCACGUGACUUACACCCAUCAGAGUAUCUGUACCUUGAAGGGGACAUCAGUAGACAUAUCCUGCUCUUAUACAUAUCCCAGUGGUCAUACAGUCUCAGAAACAAUCUGGUAUACAAAAGGAAAACUUAAUGAGGCGCCUCAAAUCCUGAGCCCGGGGUAUGGAGGUCGUGUGGAGUACCUUGGAAAUAUGCAGAGUGACUCCAUCCUGAGAAUCACAGACCUGAGAGAGGAGGAUUCAGCUGAGUAUAAGUUUAGAUUCAGAACAGAUCAGACAACCUGGGAGCCCACCUUCCCUGGAACAACUCUGACUGUCACAGGUCUGCAGGUGAAGGUGACUCCUGCCACUGUGACAGAGGGACAGAAGGUGACACUGACCUGUAGCACCACCUGUACUCUGGGUGACAACCCCACCUACAUCUGGUACAAGAAUGGACAUGUAAUCAACCAAUCUACCAGUCUGUUCCUAAACCCAGUCAGCAGUGAGGAUGCAGGCAGAUACUCCUGUUCUGUAGAAGGACAUGAGGAUCUCCCCUCUGAUGAAGAGACUCUCACUGUCACAUAUGGCCCAAAGAACACCUCAGUGUCAGUCAGUCCCUCUGGUGAAAUAGUGGAGGGCAGUUCAGUGACUCUGACCUGCAGCAGUGAUGCCAACCCACCUGUGGACAAAUACACCUGGUACAAGAAGAACGUAACCUCACCAAAAGCAUCAGGACAGAGUUACAGCAUCACUAACAUCAUCUCUGAGGACAGAGGAGAAUAUUACUGUGAGGCCCAGAAUGGAAGAGGUUCUAUGAACUCUACAGCUCAGAUGAUCAUUGUAGCAGGGAAACAAACAUCAGUUCUGACUGCAGCUGUAGGAAUCAUAGUGGUGGUUCUGGUUCUCAUCCUCUGUCUCUCUGGACUCAUGUGGUUCAGGAGAUCCACAGCAGGAAGUGAUGCCACAACAGGGAUACAGAGUGUCCAUCCUGAUCCUAACAGUGACACGUACACAGCUCUGAACAUGAAGACCAGGUCACCAGAGUAUGACACCCUGGCAAAUGUGAGGGACUCCCCCACUGUCACAAUCCCUCAGAUAGAUGCUGAUGCCUCCGAUUAUGAGAACUACAACCCGUCCUGGGGUGGAGCUGGAGAGCACCAGGCUGGUGAUCAGGUACCCAGACAGCUAAAUGCAGAGAACCCCUCCCUCUCCUCAGAGGACCAACCCUAUAGGCCUCAACACCUCCCCAGCCUCCCAGUACGCCUCCACAGGCUGGGAGAGUAUCGCCGCCCCAAGGCUGAGCUGGAGGCAGCGAAAGCCGAGAGGCGGUGGUAUGAGAAGGCAGCAGCACAGUCCAGUGUGGGCUAUUCCACCUCGCCGCACUGGCCUGGCUACGGGAGCAGUCAGCCAGACUGCAGGGUGGGAGAUGCAACAAUGGCCUUGAGAACAGCAGGUGGUCGUCUUUCUCUGGUGGUCUUUCUCUGGUCUGUAGCAGUGGUACUGGGUCAGUAUGGCUGGAGUGUUACCUACACCACUCAGAGUAUCUGUACCUUGAAGGGGUCAACAGUGGAGAUGUCCUGCUCUAUCAGAUAUCCCAGUUGGCAUAAAGUCACAACAACCUUCUGGUUCACCAAAAAGUAUGAUGUGGAGAAUUAUGUAAAUCUGAUAAAUGACUACAAUGGUCAUGUGACGUACCGUAGUGAUAAGACGAAUGGCCACACCCUGAGAUUCACAGACCUGAGAGAAAGUGACUCAGCUGAUUACAAAUUCAGAUUUAUAACAGAUCAGACUGGAGGGAAAUAUACUGGUGAUCCUGGAGUCACUCUGUCUGUUACAGACCUGCAGGUGAAGGUGACCACUACAUGGUGGUCAACGACACUGACCUGUAGCACCACCUGUACUCUGACUGACAACCCCAACCCCACCUACAUCUGGUACAGGAACAGUAAGAUUGUACAAGAGGACUCCUCCCCCUCAUACACAGUCUACUUUAAAACUGAAGACAGCUUCUACUGUGCUGUAAAAGGCAUCAAUUCUCCUGCAGUGUCUGUUGAGGGUCACAGUUAUUUCCACGUGACUUACACCCAUCAGAGGAUCUGUACCUUGAAGGGGACAUCAGUGGACAUAUCCUGCUCUUAUACUUAUCCCAGUGGGCAUACAGUUUCUGAAACAAUCUGGUAUACAAAAGGAAAACUUAAUGAGGCGCCUCAAAUCCUGAGCCCGGGGUAUGGAGGUCGUGUGGGGUACCUUGGAAAUAUGCAGAGUGACUCCAUCCUGAGAAUCACAGACCUGAGAGAGGAGGAUUCAGCUGAGUAUAAGUUUAGAUUCAGAACAGACCAGACAACCUGGGAUCCCACCUUCCCUGGAACAACUCUGACUGUCACAGGUCUGCAGGUGAAGGUGACUCCUGCCACUGUGACAGAGGGACAGAAGGUGACACUGACCUGUAGCACCACCUGUUCUCUGAGUGACAACCCCAAUGCCACCUACAUCUGGUACAAGAAUGGACAUGUAACCAACCAAUCUAACAGUCUGUUCCUAAACCCAGUCAGCAGUGAGGAUGCAGGCAGAUACUCCUGUUCUGUAGAAGGACAUGAGGAUCUCCCCUCUGCUGCAGAGACUCUCACUGUCACAUAUGGCCCAAAGAACACCUCAGUGUCAGUCAGUCCCUCUGGUGAAAUAGUGGAGGGCAGUUCAGUGACUCUGACCUGCAGCAGUGAUGCCAACCCACCUGUGGACAAAUACACCUGGUACAAGAAAAACGUAACCUCAGAAAAAGCAUCAGGACAGAGUUACAGCAUCACUAACAUCAUCUCUGAGGACAGAGGAGAAUACUACUGUGAGGCCCAGAAUGGAAGAGGAUCUAUGAACUCUACAGCUCUGAUGAUCAUUGUAGCAGGGAAACCAACCUCCUUUAUGACUGCAGUUGUAGGAAUCAUAGUGGUUGUUCUGGUUCUCAUCCUCUGUCUCUCUGGCUUCAUGUGGUUCCGGAAGAAGGCCUCCAAAUCCACCUCUGACACAAGAGACACAUCAGAGAAUGUACAGGGAGACUCUAGUCCAGUGUAUGACAACAUCUCAAGCAUGGCCAUGACCUCUACUGCAGCACAGACAGAGUCCACAGACAACCAGGAUGAUGUUCACUACGCCAGCGUCCACUUCUCUGGCUCCAAAAACCAGGAAGUGCCUCUAUACUCCACCGUCCAGCUGCCUCAGCCCCAGAUUCAGGACGAGGAUAUCCAGUAUGCUGCUGUGAAAUUCAGCCGCCCCAGUGCUGCCACCCGGUGAAUGUUUUCUGCCAUUACAACAGAGUCAAUACUAGAACACUGAACUCACAGACAUCAUCAAGGGCAUUCAUAUGCUGCUGUUUAUUGGAAGAGUAGACAAUGAUUUCAUCAAUAAGCAAAACGGUUGACCCCCUAGUGACAACUCAUUGUCCCUGAGAUCUCCCUCCAUCAAUAGUUGAAGCACAGAGGGAUGGCGGCACCUUCAUUGGGGAGGAUGGGCUCGUGGUGAUGGCCGGAGCAGAAUAAGUGGAAUGUUAUAAAAUACAUCAAACACAUGGUUUCCAUUCUAUUUGCCUCGUUCCAGCCAUUAUUAUGACCCGUUCUCACCUCAGCAACCUCCUUCAGGGCAAAGUGCAUUUCCUUGAACUCAUAAUAUGGUGUAACAAUGGACAUUUUGAAAAGUUGCACUCAGGCUUUGGGUCAAUUCCAUUUCGAUUUAGGAAAAUUCCAAUUCCAAUUGUUCCUCAUUGAAAAGCAUUGAGAAAAGAUGACAGUUUACUUCCUGAAUUGAAAUGUGUUUCUUAAGUGAUUGUUUUAGGCCAAUUUCUAGUCGUGUCUUUAGACUAAACUUUAGCAAAAAACAAAUCUGCACAAGACUAUACAGCUGCACUCUUAUCUGAUUCGAUGUAUGACAUUAACUUGGCGUUGAUAUUGAGACUGUCAAGCAUGAUACUAUAAGGCUUUUUGAAUCACUUAUCUAAAUGUGUUUCUUACUUUUUGUCAAAUGUGAUGAGUGGCCAGUGUUUGUUUAUCCAUGAGAAAAUGUUAAUAAAUGCUUUCAUCCUC